AUGAAAUUUCAUCAUGUUUGUGGUGAAGCUGUGAGGAUAUCAGAUGAUUACAAAUCAGCAUCCAGAUCUGAUCAUAGUUUUAGUCAUGGAAUAGUUUUCUGUGAUGCACCAAUAAAACUUAACCAACAUGUUAGUUUGGAAUUGAAGUGUACCUCAUUAUGGAGUGGUGCUCUACGUAUUGGUGUUACAUCGCAAAAUCCGAACACCUUACACUCCAGUGACCUGCCUAAAUAUGCUUUCCCAGAUUUGGCCCAGAAGGAAGGUUAUUGGGUUCGACCAGUUAAUGAAAAUGAAACAUUUACAGGAAUGAAGAUUAUCAUAUAUAUUAAUGCCAUUGGUCAAUUACAUUUAUUUAUGAAUAACCAACAUCGUGGGGUGUAUAUAUCUAAUCUACCAACCAAUCAGAAUCUCUGGUUACUAUUUGAUUUGUAUGGAACAACUAAAGCCAUAACAUUGGUUCCUUCAGUCAAUGCAUUUAACUCAGAAGUGGUUUCAACCACCAACCAAUCCCAGUAA